UUAAUUACUAUUAAGGAUGUUCAUUUUGUUCUAAUUAAUUCGAUAGCUAUGGAAAUGGAUAAUUGCUACUUAUGCAAUAAGACUGAAGCAUUAAUAGAACAAAUUUCAGAUUUAAUGAAAUGCUGGAACAAAACCGGCGAGUGCUUUAAUGUGAAAAAUUAUCAACAAUAUAGUAGACCCGUAUUAAUACAACAUUUUCCGUUGUAUAGAUUAAAUGAGGAAUUAUGUUUUGAAUGGGAUUCCGCCACAGGUCCAGAUAGAACAACAGUAAUGAAGGAAAAAUAUGAUUGUCUAUCAAAAAAUGCUUCAAACUAUUUGUAUAAUGCCUUAUCAUUCCGAGAAGCAUGGUCUGGUCACACGCAUUAUGGGUGCAUUUAUAAACAUUCAUUCGAUUCCGAAGUGCUGGAAUAUACUGUUGCAUCGUUCAAUUACAGAAAUCGAAAUGAUCCUAAUUACAUAUUGGCAUACUUUACACCAGAGAGUACAUUCAUAUACAAGUGUGCAAUGCCGACUCAAGCAACAAUUAUAUUAUUUUAUAUUUUUAUCUAUCAAGAAUCAUGUGUUUUCCCUGUAGCAAUGUUGACUGCAUGUACAUUCUUAUUUAUUGGAUAA